ACUGCUGAUUACAUGAUUGUGGCCACCACAGCCACGGCUGCCCAGCUCCUCCGUUUCCAGCCACCUCUAUCCCAUGGCAAGGAGAAUGCACUGCAAUCCUUCCACUACAGCAGUGUCACCAAAGAGUUCCUGGCCUGCAUGCAGAGUUUCUGGGAGCAUGAAGGCAUCUCUGGGGAUGAGUCCAGCACUGAUUGGCCUUCCUGCUUUAUCCACUACCCCAGUCAUACCUUCCCCAGUGGCACAGGAGUCAUCCUCGCCUCCUUUACCAUGGACGACAACUCCUCUUUCUUUGCCCAGGCAGCCGAUGUUGUCUUGGAUGGCCUGGCCACAGUCCAUGACCUCUCCAAGGAGGAGCUGCGGGCCCUGUGCCCCUAUUCCAUGAUCAAGCACUGGAGCCAGGACUCCUACUCCAUGGGUGGUUUUGCCCUCCCUACCACAGCCCUGGGCGGGUGA